GAUUUCACAAGUAAGCACUUUGUAUUUUUCAGGGUCUAGACUUUGUGGCGAUCAGCCCCCAUGGCUCCAAUACCCAGUAAGGCCCGGGUGUAUGCGGAGGUCAAUCCAUCGAAGCCGCGAGAAUAUUGGGAUUACGAGUCACAUGUGAUCGAAUGGGGCAACAUUGAUGAUUAUCAACUGGUUCGGAAACUUGGUCGUGGAAAAUAUUCGGAGGUUUUCGAAGGAGUGAAGCUCACUACCGACGAGAAAGUGGUAGUUAAAAUAUUAAAACCUGUAAAAAAGAAGAAGAUAAAGCGAGAAAUCAAAAUCUUGGAAAACUUGCGUGGCGGUACUAAUGUUAUCACAUUGCUAGAUGUCGUCAAGGAUCCAAUUUCUCGCACUCCUGCUUUGAUUUUCGAGUACGUGAACAAUUCGGAUUUCAAGCAGCUGUAUGGAACACUUAGCGAUUUUGAUAUUCGAUUUUAUUUAUAUGAACUUUUGAAGGCUCUGGACUAUUGCCAUUCCCAAGGGAUCAUGCACAGAGAUGUAAAGCCUCACAAUGUUAUGAUCGAUCAUGAGAAAAAGCAGCUGCGCUUGAUUGACUGGGGUUUGGCUGAAUUCUACCAUCCAAAACAAGAUUACAACGUGCGAGUUGCUUCACGGUACUUCAAGGGCCCAGAACUCUUGGUCGAUUAUCAAUGCUAUGAUUACUCCCUUGAUAUGUGGAGUCUUGGUUGUAUGCUCGCUAGCAUGAUCUUCCGCAAGGAACCAUUCUUUCAUGGUCACGAUAACUAUGACCAGCUUGUACGCAUCGCAAAAGUUUUGGGAACAGAAGAACUGCAUGAAUACAUUGACAAAUAUCACAUUGAACUUGAUCCAAGAUUCAAUGACAUUCUUGGACGUCACUCACGGAAACGUUGGGAAAGAUUUAUACAUGCUGAAAAUCAGCAUCUUGUAACACCGGAAGCUAUCGAUUUCUUAGACAAAUUGCUACGCUACGAUCAUCAGGAGCGUCUAACUGCACGUGAGGCUAUGUCACAUCCCUACUUCUACCCUGUAGUCGAAGCAGCUCGUCAGGGUGGCGAUGCGCUACGUGCAUCUCAAGAAAGUUGGGUGUAUUUUGCGUUCAGUAAACAUCCAAUGAAUCUUGUGUACUCCCGUGAACAGAUUGGAAUUAUAACUUUGUGA